UCGAGCAUGGACAGCCACGAACGGGAUACCGAGGGCGAAGGAAAAGCAGAGGAAUCCGUGACCAGACAGCCGACUGAGGUCAGGGUCAGCUCCGAACCUCAGACCCCGGGAGAUCCUGCGGAGCCGCAGCCGGGGCCAGAGCUGGAGACGGAGUCGGAGUCUGAGUCGGAGUCUGAGCAGGAGCCGGAGCCGGAGUCGGAGCCGGAGACCCAGCCGGUUGCGGACGAACCCAAAGCAGAGGCUUCGGAGGGCAGUGAUUACGCGCAUGUCGAGGUCCCGGAAAAUCUGGAGGCCGCCGCGGCUGCGGGCGGGACAGUACAGGCCGCGAGCGAGGCCGUGUCCCAAGAGCCAGAGAGUCUGUCAGAGCCGCAGCCCGAGACCAAGCGGGAGUUCCAGAAGCUGGACGAGGACGAGGACGAAGACGACGAUGAAGACGAGGACGAGGAACCCGACCGGCUGGAGAAGCAGGACAGGGUGAAGAGGGUGAAGAGCAAGGAGUCACGGUUCCGGCCCUCCCUGCCGUUGACCACUAUCGUCGAGGAGGCGGCUGCUCCAGCCCCACGGCCUGAGAAAGAGAAAGCGAAGGAGUCGGAGAAGAGAGAUAGCGAGGAGAUCGAGGGGACAGGUCGACGCAAGAAAAGCAAAGAAGAGCAUCUUCACCCUGGAGAGGAGGAGGAAGAGGAGGAGGACGAUGACUUCGAAGACUUUGAGUGGUCUGCGGAUGUUCGGAAGCUGCAAGAGCAGCAGCUGCGUGGUGAGCUGGUGGACCAGUACCACACCCUGCUGGUGGAGCGGAACCGGUACCAGCGCUACAAUGUGUACCUACAGCAGAAGAUCUCCGAGACGCUCCGCAAAAAGGGCGUGGAAGCAGCUGAACCCGCGGACAAGAGUGCUGAACUAGAUUCUCCCGAAAAAGAGCAAACAUACUUGCGCUAUCUGGCCAUGCUGGAGGAACUGAAAAAACAAGAGGCGGACGACCUCGAGUGGUACCGCCAGGAGGUGCGUGAGAUGAAGCAUCAGUGCCAGGAGAAGCAGGCCAAGGUGGAGAAAGAGUGGCGGCGCUUCCAGGCCCUCAAGAAGCAGGUGGUGAUGCAGGUGAUGGGCAGCUGCCGCAUGCGCGGUGGGCGCCAAGCAGCUCUGAGAGAAGUGGAACAGAUCCAGGCACUGGAGGAUAAAAAGGAGAAGGAGAUGAGCGCGUUGCGUCUGGAGAAUGUGCAGCUGAAGCAGAGCCUGGUACACUUUGAAACUAGGAUGAAGGCCCAGGAGGACUUGGCUGAGGGGCUGCUCCUCAUCGACUUUGAACAGCUCAAAAUUGAAAACCAGACCUUCAACGAGAAAGUCGAGGAACGAAACGAGGAACUUCUAAAACUGCGCACUAAGGUGACCAGCAACGUGCAGAUUAUAACCCACGUGAAGGAAAAGUUGUCUUUCAUAGACAUGGAGAACUCAUGCAAAAAGGCACAGCUUUUGGAAAUCGAGACCCAGGUGGCCCUGGGAAGAGACCUAUUGACAAAGACGAAGCAAGCCCGAGACAACCUGCGAAUUGACAACAUCAAACUGAAUCAGAAAUGUGGGCUUCUGGGUAAGGAAUCACUCCUCAGAGACUUAGAAGAAAAGGUGGAGAAGACAGAAUUUCUCAACAAGCGUCUGGAAUCCCUGAAGCGCCACCACGCGGGACUCACCUUGUCCUGCAAAGGGGUGAAGCAAAAGAUCAGGGAAGCCAAAACGUUCCUUCCCUCUUGACAGUCCUUGACAAGACAGUUGGCAAAACCUCCAAAGGUCUAGAAACUUUGUCCCCCCCACACUCUUCUGCCCUCCCAUUGUCACUCUAUGUCACUUGGGGUGCAACUUUAUUUUUGUCAUUUCAAAAUUCCUCCAUAACACACCUGUUGCCGUAGCUCUACAUGAGGUUAAGUAAAAUAUAUCUAGAGAGAGAGAGAGAGCCGGUGGGGUGGUUAAACUUACGAAUGAUGAAAAGCCUUCCUGGCCAGGCAGUCCCUUAGUCUAGAGGAGUGUUCUGACUGUUCCUUGUCUAUUUGUAAGGAUGGUUUAAAGGUUCAUCCAGUAGCCAAGGUACAGAAUAUCCCUGUGCACUGGUCUGAUCACUCAGUCAUCUUUGUGCUGAUUAAACUGUAUAGUCUUGAA